AUGCCAGACUCGGCAACAACUUCGACCAGUGACCAGAACCAAUUCCCAAAACUUUCUCUCCCUGCCACCACAGACCCUCCCAGCGACACCAACCCUCCUAUCCAGAAGACAUGGCUCAUCUUCGGCGCCACAGGCCACAUCGGCCAGUCCAUCGUUCGCUCCGCCCUGACCCACGGCGACCUAGUCUGCGCCGUCGGCCAAACCUACAAAACCACUCUGGCCUCUAUGCUCAACCUCCUCCCUGACCCCACUUCCACAGACCAGCGCUCCCGCUUCUUACCAUUGCUGUGCGACGUCCGGCUACGCAACACCGUCGCCACCGCCAUCUCCACAUGUCUGGACCACUUCGCGACCAUCGACAUCAUCGCCAACUGCUCCGGCUAUGGCGUGAUUGGCGCCUUUGAGGAUCAAGACGAGCAUGAGAUCCGGAACCAGUUCGAGACGAACUUCAUGGGGACGCUGAACAUCAUCCAGCUGUCCCUGCCGUAUUUUCGCGAGCGGGGCGAGGGGCGGUAUAUCAUCUUCUCGUCGACGAGUGGCGCACAGGGCGUGCCGGGACUAGCGCCGUACUGUGCGACCAAGUACGCUGUGGAGGGACUAAUCGAAAGCAUGCUCUAUGAAGUCGAUGGCUUCGGCGUGCGCGUUACACUGGUCGAGCCCGGACACGUGCGACGAGACGACGUUGCCGCUGGAGGCAGUCCACCACCCACUACAACCACUAUGACAGGAAAGGGACAGAAACAGCAGCAGCAGCAAACGAAACGACCUUCACCGCUCAAACACCAACUAAGCACAACAUCCAACCCUUCCUCCACAGCGACGCCCCCACCACCGUCCCUCCCACCAUACACGCACUUCCUAAUCCUAAAACCCUCGCCACCCUACGCCACCCCCGACUCCCCCUCCAAACACGCCCAGCGCCUAGUCCAAUGGUACGGCGGCACGAACCAACCCACCAGCGUGCUGAAAGCGAGCGAACUGGUCUGGCAACUGGGCCAUUGCAGCUACCCGCCACUGAGGCUGCUGUUGGGCAGCUAUGCAGUGGAGAGUAUCCGGGAGCGGCUGAAGAGCGUGAUCGAGGAGAUUGAGGAUUGGAAGUGGUUGCAUUAUCCUGCUGUGGCGGGGUGGGGUGAUGGGGAGGGGGAUGAGGAGGACGAUCAUGAAGAGGAUGGAGAUGGUGAGGAGGGCGGCGAUGCGGUGGAAGAGGAGGGGGGUAUUGAGAAGGAAGGCAAGGGGAAUGCUGGUGGUGGAGGGGAAGAUGUGGUUAUGAUGGACGAGGGCUGA